GGAGAGGACGGAUAGAACGAAGGCUGGCAGCGGUGCUUUGGAAAACCCACUUCUCCAAAAUUAAAGUUUGACUACAUUCUUCUUACCGAACGGGAGACUUCACAGAAUAGACUCGCUUUUUUUCUCCGUUUUUUUUACCAUUGCUUAUUGGGGAAAUGACUAAACCAUCAGACUUUUAGGAGAAAAUACAUUGGAAACUUUCUACACAGGAAGCAAGGUCUAACUGCAGAUUGCGGACGACUCAGAUGCUCAGAACAUGGAGCUGAACAGAGGAGAAGUACCUCUAUAUGGCCAGGUGGAGGUCCGUGCUGUGUUACAGGUUCCAGAUCUGGACAGGGAAACAGAACAGACAGAGUUCUACGUGGUUCUAGAAGGUUCCAGACUAGCCCAUGUUACUGUAGUUAAGAGAGCGGAGGAUGGAGAGUCUCUUUGCUUCACAGUUCCUGGUCACGACCUCCAAGAGACCGCCUCUGUCACAGUGUAUCGUCACACAGAGGGCGGAGCCAAGCCUUGUGGAGGCAGGGCCUCCCUGAGGUACGUCUGGGAUUUGCCACAGGAAGUGGCCGAGUACUUGCUAGCCAACAGCGACUGUCUGAGUCCCCAGAGCCACCUGGAGGUUCUGAGGAGGGUCUCAGCAGCUCCAGGGGAGGGGGACAUGGAGUGUGACAUGAGCGCUGGUCCAGGAAAGGAGCACUCUCUGGGGCAGACAGACCAGGAGGAGGAGGGGGUUAGAGGUGGGAGACCCAGACCUGAUCCACAGAUAGAGUGUCAUCUCAGGGAGAUGGAUGAGAGGAUAACCCAGGCCGUGGCCAACCUGAACUACCCUCUGGAGUGGAGCGGCAAGGCCAGCCAACCUAGAGAAGAGCUCCUGCCCAGGGAGGCUCUCCUCCACCUCUCAGUGCGUCUGGGUUUGCUCCAUCUCUCCCGCUUUCUGAUUGGCCAGCCUAUGGGUCAGAGGGCACUGACCAUGCCCAAUGAGGAGGGGGAAACGCCCCUCCAGCUGGCUCAGAGGAGAGGAGACCACUCCCUCUUUAUGGCACUCGCUACUUCACCUGUCCCUCAGAGGUCUCCCCUUGUCGGGGUGUGGUGUGUAUGGGCAGAUAGCACCCGUGUACUGAGGUUCUGUCCUGGAUCUGGCUGCCUCUCCCUCACCUUCCUGGGGGGCCCUGAGAGCAGUGUUCUGGGCAACAUCCUGGUCCUCAGAGAGAAACUGAUGGACCACAACAUCCUCAGACAGAUCUCAGCACUGCGAGGUGAUGUUCAGAUGGAGGACAGUUACGGAUUGGACGUCCAUAGAAGUGAUGCCAGUGACGGAGGUCUGGGCAGGGGGCUGCCACUUAGAUACCUUACUCUGGUGGAUAGUGUUUUUGAAGAUCAGCUUGUUCUCUCUCUGGAUGAUGAUGAGGAGCUUCCAACGUUACAAACAGUAAAGUCCCAGACGACCCACCCCAGAGGAACCCAGAGACAGUUCUCUCACUCUGCUGCUACAGACACAUUAGCCUCCAUGAUCAAUGGCAGGAGUCAGCUCGACACAGAGGUGGAUGACCUAAGGGCUAAGGUCAGUGUUGCUGGGAUAACGAGGGACAGCUCUGUGACUGUCAGCAGGGUGUGGGACUUGUUGGACUCAGAGGCCCUGCUCCUACAUGCCACCUCCACCCCUCUAUCUCCCUUGGGACUAGAGGAACAACAGUCCCCCUCUGUCUCUCACUCCCCCUCUCCCUCACCUUCCCCCGCUGACCGAGCCCUCGCCCGACUCAACAGCAACUCCCACUCUUACCUAACCAAUCAGAGAGGGAGCCCGCCUCUGGAAUCCCCUGACCUCAGCCCCAGUCUGGUAGCUCUAGUGAUGGACAGUGAGGAAGAUGAGGAGGGGUUCCUGGUGAAGUCUUCCCUCUCUCCCAUCUCUCCUCUGACCUCUGACCCUCGUAGCAGCGGGGACGACACCUCCCUAGACCUCACCUGCACACGCACACACUCCGCGUCCUCAGACGGCGACCCCACCCUCGCAAAGGAUAUGGGCAACCAGGGGAUCAGACACCGCUCCUAUUCCUCCCCCAAGAUUAGUCUGCUGCCCCCCCGCUUCUCCCGCAAAACCCUAGCCACGCCUGCGACCUCUGACCUCAGCCCAGAACAGAGAACAUUCAGUCUAUCAGAGCAGCCUCUCGAGAAAAGGGAGUUAAGGUUUCGUAAGCGUGCCCAGUCUGCAGACGACGAGGGCAGCGUUGAGCUGGCAGAGUCCCUUCAACACCUCACCCUCUCAGAGUUCCUCAAAGAAAUUGAAGAGGAGGAGUGGGACAAGUACAACAUCCCCUCCAAGGUGGAGUCAGAGAAAUACAAAGUGAUUCGUACCUUCAGCUUCCUCAAGAGUAGGAUGUCCACCACUCGCAACAAGAACAAGGGAAAGGGGAAGGAGAAGGAGAGAGAGAAGGGUAAGGAGAAGGAGAGAGAGAAGGAAGGGAAAGACAAGGACAAACAGCAGAAUGGACAUCGUUUCUCCACGGGUUCCUGUGCUGGUCCCACCGUCUGUCUGGUCUGUGACAAACCUGCUACUGGCAAGGACCUUCUGCACUGCUCCUGUUGUACAGUCAUGGUCCAUAAGGGUUGUAAGGACUCUGCUCCCCCGUGUCUAAAGAAACUUCAGGAUAAGUAUGCAGUGACUAUGGUGAAGAACCGAACAGCAUCCCUCCCGCAGAACUUCACAGUGCGAGACAGUCCCUCUCCAUGUCCGAUCUCCACCUCAGACUCUCUACCUAUGAUGAGCCAGAGGGACAAGAGGGAAACAGCCUCCCUCCCCAACCCCCUCUCCAGGAGUGUCCCUUCUGCCACAGACAGGCUUAGCGAGAGUCCAGAGGCGGAGUCUGACAGCAGGUGGUGUCCUGGCCAAUCAGAGGAGCUUCUGCAGACCCCUGAGUCGUCCACGUCCACUGACUCCUCCGUCGGAGAAGACUGUGUGGACGCUAGUCUCCAUAGUGACCUGGAUGCUGAUGCUCUAGACUACGAGGCUGAGUCUUGGAGUCUGACGGUGGAACACAUGUUCUGUAAGAAGCAGGACAAACGGGUAGUCAAGAGACAGGAUGUUAUCUAUGAGUUGAUGCAGACAGAGAUGCACCACCUCCAGACACUGAGGAUCAUGGCUGAGGUGUUCCGGCGAGGGAUGAGGGAGGAGGUUCAGUUGGAUGCGGGCGCCGUGGGCCGUGUCUUUCCUUGUCUGGAUGAACUCCUCCUCCUCCACCACAACCUCUUCAACGCCAUGAGGGAACGCCGCCACAGCUCCGCCAAGCCACACGGGGACAGGAACUAUGUCAUAGUACGCAUCGGAGACAUCCUGUUGCAACAGUUUUCUGAAGACAGUGCAGAGAGGAUGAAACAGGUGUAUGGAGAGUUCUGCAGCCAUCACACUGAGGCAGUCACCUUCUUCAAAGAGUUGCAGCAGCACAACAAACGAUUUCAGACCUUCAUCAAGCAACAAAGUAAUAACUAUUUGGUCCGGAGGAGAGAGAUCCCAGAAUGCAUCUUGUUGGUGACCCAGAGGAUCACUAAGUACCCUGUUCUGCUGGAGAGGAUUCUACAGUACACCCAGGCGGACAGUGAGGAGCACAUGGACCUCUCCAGAGCUCUGGUUCUGAUCAAGGAAGUGAUCGCGGCAGUUGACCUGAUGGUCAGUGAGUUUGAGCAGGGUCAGAGGUUACAGGAUGUCCUGAACAGGAUGGAGAAUCGGAGCUUUGCCAAGCUGAAGAACGGGCACACCUUCAGAAAGCAGGAUGUUCUGGGGACCCUCAAACACCAGACCCUCAAACACCAGGGCCCGUUACUGUGGAAGACCGCCACCGGACGACUCAAAGAUGUCAUGGCUCUCCUUCUGACAGACACAUUGAUCUUCUUCCAGGAGAAAGACCAGAAGUUCAUAUUUGCUGCUGUGGACCAGAAGCCCCCAGUGAUCUCUCUCCAGAAGCUGAUCGUCAGAGAGGUAGCCAAUGAGGAGAGAGGGAUGUUUCUGAUCAGUGCGUCGGCCGCAGGGCCAGAGAUGUACGAGGUCCACACUUCCUCGAAAGACGAACGCAACACCUGGAUGAGACUAAUCAGAGAGGCAGUAGAGAGCUGUCCAGAGGAAGAGGAGGAGAACACUAACGAGUCAGAAGAGGAGAGAAGAACAGCUGAGGCCAGAGUCCAGAAGAUACACAAACUACAGGAGACCCUAUCCAGUCAGGAUUAUCAGAUAUGCUCCAGUCUGGAGGAGAAGCUACAGAUCUAUGCUGAACUGUCUGCCCUGAGGGGUGAGGCCCAGGAACCACACCCUGAGCCACACCUACUGGUCCAGCCAAACCCAGAGGAGGUGCCCCAGGCUGCAGUACUGCUUACUGCCGCGCUCAGAGAGGCUGAGAACCUGAGGACCACUCUGUCCUCGCUGACCUUUUCCCCCUUCAGCCCCUGCAGCCUUCCCAGGGACCCCCUGUCCCACCCUGUGUCCCCAGCCUGCCCUCCCACCCCCCUGGACACCCCCUCAGAUGCGGAGGCCUCUCUUGGGGACCCUAAUACCAGGGAUGGGGAGUCAGCCUCACAGGUCCUUGUACUGCAGUCCCUGACUAAUAAUAUCAACCUUAAGGUGUCACACAGUGUCCAAAGCUUGACCCAGUUACUCUAUAGUCUACAGGCGGCGGUAACCAUCCAAGACAGUUUCUACGAGGUUCAGAAGUUCCUCCUCCAUGAGAGUGACCGCCACUCCCCCCGCUCUCCGAGACCACACACCCCAUGUCUCCGUGGCAACGCUCUGCAGGAGCAGGAGAAGCAGCGUAACCUGGAGAAGCGCCGUGAGGAGUUGGCGGCAGCGGUACGGCUGCAGGGCAGGCUGCACCAGGAGAGACAGCGGUGGGAAAGGGAGUGCCAGGCACGCCACAGCCAACAGGGGGAGCUGGAGAGCAGACUGGAGGAGAGGGAGAGACAGUGCCACCUGGAGGCUGAGAGGCUGAAACGGGAGCGGGAAGAGCUGGAGGAGCAGCUGGGGGAGUACCAGCAGAGCCUGGAGAGGCUGAGAGAGAGUCAGAUGAAUGUGGAGAAGGAGAGGGAGAGGCUGGAGACCCAACAGAACCUGCUGCAGAGCUGGAGACACAGCCGACAGAGGAGCCUGCCUGUCAUGGUCAUACCGCUGGACCGCUGUCAUCAGGACUCACUUCCUGGCCAGCCUGGAGGCCAUCUUGACAACGGCGGCUCAGUUUUUGUCAACGAGGCAGCGGUCACCACGGCAAUGGGGCUCAACAACCGCCAUGUGCACCACCACCUGCAGCAGCAGCAGAGAGGGGGGUCCCUGGGGUACGGAGAUGACCCCCGAGCCCACAACAGCCUGAACACCCUAAUGGCCCGCUCCAGCCACGGACAGACACUCCAACUCCACCCUGACACACACACACCCCAGGACUGGGCGGGGGUCACCGGUGUCACCGGGUACCUCUACACACCCACAGGGGGACAGGGCUCUGAGCAGAAACCCAACGAUAUAAACACACACCACAAUGUGAGGGAGACGUGGUCGUCGAUGGCAACAGCGGCUGGACAAUAUCAGGGUGUACCCCCACAUGGAGAUCCCCAACUGGACCUGUCCUUCUUGGUUCCCCUGGAGACGGAGAGUGGGGAUGGGGAGGACGUGGGAGAGGAGAACAUUGUGUAUCUCUGAGGCUGAACCCCCUGAGUCAAAACCAGGACUUAAAUCUGGAAUCCUUCAUGGUGAAACUGCCACGUCCGUUUGAGAUAUUACAACAACAAAGAAGUUACUGCAAACAACAAACACGUUUUUCCCCCCUUGGACAUCAUUAUAAUCACAGAUUUAACAGGAUUAUAUGAAGGUUCCGAAUCCAAGAUUGGACAGUAAAUAUCUAGGACUAUUGUAUAUCAACAAGGUUUAAAGAAGUAACAGGACUGGCACAUACAGAAAUCUCUCAUGCUUUGUCUCUCUGCCCCGCCACGUCUGUGCCAGGUACCCUCCAUAUGUGUCGCCAAGUGUUGUCAAUGAGAGACACUUUUAUAGUGCUACAUGUUUAUGUGUCCAUAUGUGCAGUGUGUGUGUGUGCGUGUAACUUCAUCCUCUGUGUGUGUGUGUGUGUGUAACUUCAUCCUCUGUGUGUGUGUGUGUGUGUGUGUGUGUGUGUGUGUGUGUGUGUGUGUGUGUGUGUGUGUGUGUGUGUGUGUGUGUGUGUGUGUGUGUGUGUGUGUGUGUGUGUAACUUCAUCCUCUGUGUGUGUGUGUGUCUCUGUCUCUGUUGAGAGUUCAACCCCAGGGCUGCCAUCGGGCCUGUGUGCCUGAGGCCCUCCAAUGACAGUUACCCUGACCAACCCUGCUGCCUGCCUUCCCCCUCUCUCCUCACCCCUGUAUCAGUCUCAAUCUCUCUGUAUCCCUGCCCCACACUGCCCUAAGUCUGCUUCAGUCUACCUCUCGUUUUCUCCCUUGUCCUCUAAGCCCAAUCUCUCCAGGACUAUUUAUUAGGCUCUCCCAGAAUGAAAUGCUGAGGAGAGUCUUCUGUGUUACCGCAGGGGGAAAGAGCGAGAGCAGAGAGGGGCUGGUAUCACUGUAGAAUCAGGCUGAAUCUGUCCAGUUGCUCUGUGGCUGAUUGUCUGGCCAGGAAAUAAACAGCUGCUCGCCCAUUCAUCAGACAAGCUCUAUUUAGAAGGUGAGCGGGACACUGCAAACACAUUAGUCAUGAAGGAUGAGGUGAAGCACCAUGGUCAGAAGGGAUUUGGUCCCUUGGUUUCUCAGAGUGUCUGGCUCUGGCUACGCCUGGACAGCAUCAUUUGUUUUUAUCUGAAGGACUUUUGAUUGUUUUGAAAGAGUGUAAAGGUAUUGUGGUUUUAGGAAUGAUGUUGUGACUGUAGCAGUCUAUCAAUACAAUAUAGGACACUGCACUACUCUGCCUAUAUAAAGUACAUAUUUUAUUAGGGUCAAACGCAUAUAGUGGUCAAAAACCAUAGGACAGAACAUUUCUACACUUUCGAUGACCUUUGCUUUUAAAAAAGGUUUUAAGUAUCCAAUCAGGGACAGUGCACUGUACAUGUGAAGCAUACCAAAUAUGGCCACAUCUCUUAUGCUUGAUAACGUUUUUUUUUACAUCGUUUUCAUAGAUUUUAAUGUUGAAAUAUUCCUUCCAAGGCACAUAUUUCAUAGCACAUGAUUUAUGCCAGUGUGUGCUCAGUUACUUUAAGAUUUUGUCUUAUGUAAAGUUACCUUACUAAUGCAUGUGUAGUAAUAGUAGCUGGAUAGUCAGCCUGGUAUCAGUUUAUAUCAGUGGAGGCUCCAUAGAGGAGGAAGGGGAGGACUAUCCUCAGUGAAUUUCAUAAAAAUAAAAAUAGUGAAACAUUGAAAAAGUUAUCCUUUUUAUAUAAAACUAUACUACAUCUAUUCACGUCACCAAAUAGUUGAUUAAAACACACUGUUUUUCUAUAUAGGUCUACAGUAGCCUCAACAGCACUCAGUAGGGUAUCACCAUGGAGUAGCCAUAGGACAGCUAGUUUCUGUCCUCUGGGUACAUUGUUUUAUUUAUUAUUUUUGUAUUUUAUUAUUUUACACUUAUUUUACCAGGUAAGUUGACUGAGAACACGUUCUCAUUUACAGCUACAACCUGGGGAAUAGUUACAGGGGAGAGGAAUUACACCAAUACAAAACUUAUAGACUUACACAGUAAUAAUGACAACUUCUGGAGAACGUCCUCCAAUCUAUUAAAGCUCUUGCAGCAUGAACUGACAUGUUGUUCACCCAAUCAAAGGAUCAGAGAAUGAAUUUAGCACUGAAAGCAUAAGCUACAGCUUGCUAGCACUGCAGUGCAUAAAAUGUGGUGAGUAGUUGACUCAAAGAGAAAGACAAUAGCUGACCAGUUUUUAAAAAAUGAAUUUCUUCAAAAAUGAAGGAGAAGCAAGAGAGAGAGCUAUAUUUCUCGUUGUAAUUUUUUCACUUUCACUUUCACUUACUUAGCUAGCGAAAGCAGCUAGCUAGUUUAGCCUACUCAAACACCCAGUGUUUCUGUAAGCAAACAGAAUGAAACAUGGAUAAAAAUACCUGAAUUUGUUUGCAACUGUUGAACUAAUCAUUACACCCUAGAUCAGCUAUAUGCAGGCAAGAGUGUGCGGUAUUAAAUGUGUCACUGUCUGUCACCUUGAUUACUCAAAUCUUACUCUCGACCUGUACACCUACGCUACAAACCAUUUCUAUAUGGACCUUGCUUUGUGCACGGGGUAUUGUCAUGUUGAAACAGGAAAGGGCCUUCCCCAAACUGUUGCCACAAAGUUGGAAGCACAGAAUCGUCUACAAUGUCAUUGUAUGCUGUAGCGUUAAGAUUUCCCUUCACUGAAACUAAGGAGCCUAGCCGGAACCACGAAAAACAGCCCCAGACUAUUAUUCCUCCUCCACCCAACUUUACAGUUGGCACUAUGCAUUGGGGCAGGUAGUGUUCUCCUGGCAUCCGCCAAACCCAGAUUCGUCCGUAUAACUGCCAGAUGGUGAAGUGUGAUUCAUCACUGCAGAGAACGCGUUUCCACUGUUCCAGAUGGCGGCGAGCUUUACAUCACUCCAGCCGAUGCUUGGAUUGCGCAUGAUGAUCUUAGGCAUGUGUGCUGAUGCUCAGCCAUGGAAACCCAUUUCAUAAAGCUCCCAACAAACAGUUAUUGUGCUGACGUUGCUUCCAGAGGCAGUUUUUAACUCGGUAGUGAGUGUUGCAACCGAGGACAGAGGAUUUUCUGUGGUCCCAUUCUGUGAGUAUGUGUGGCCUACGACUUCGUGGCUGAGCCGUUGAUGUUUCCACUUCACAAUAACAGCACUUACAGUUGACUGGGGCAGCUUUAGCAUGGCAGAAAUUUGUUGGAACGGAUUUGUUGGGAAGGUGGCAUCCUAUGACGGUGCUAGCACGGUGCCACAUUGAACGUCACUGAGCCCUCCAUUAAGGCCAUUCUACUGCCAAUGCUUGUCUAUGGAGAUUGCAUGGCUGUGUGCUCGAUUUUAUACACCUGUCAGCAGCGGGUGUGGCUGAAAUAGCCGAAUCCACUAAUUUGAAGGGGUGUCCACAUACUUUAGUAUAUAUAGUGUAUGUUGUAAACUUCAUAGGCUAGGUUGUGGCAACCUCAUGAUGGUAUAGGGAACAUUUGAGUAUAAUGUGUAGUAGCCUAAAUCUAUCAAUGUUACAUUGAGCUGGGUGAGUGGAAUAUGAAUGAGAGUCAUCCAAUAUGCUGUAUUAGAAAUAAGGCCAUGCUCAUUUAAAAAAUGUGCGUCCUCCCUCAUCUUAAACGUCACCGACCGCCACUGGUUUUAUGCAUCACAUUAUAGUAGUAGUAGUUGGGUAGUCAGCCUGGUAUCAAUUUAUAUGCAUCACGUUGUAGAAGUAGUUGGGUAGUCAGCCUGGUAUCAAUUUAUAUGCAUCACGUUGUAGAAGUAGUUGGGUAGUCAGCCUGGUAUCAAUUUAUAUGCAUCACGUUGUAGAAGUAGUUGGGUAGUCAGCCUGGUGUCAGUUUAUAUGCAUCACGUUGUAGAAGUAGUUGGGUAGUCAGCCUGGUGUCAGUUUAUAUGUAUCACGUUGUAGAAGUAGUUGGGUAGUCAGUCUGGUGUCAGUUUAUAUGCAUCACGUUGUAGAAGUAGUUGGGUAGUCAGCCUGGUGUCAGUUUAUAUGCAUCACGUUGUAGAAGUAGUUGGGUAGUCAGCCUGGUAUCAAUUUAUAUGCAUCACGUUGUAGAAGUAGUUGGGUAGUCAGCCUGGUAUCAAUUUAUAUGCAUCACGUUGUAGAAGUAGUUGGGUAGUCAGCCUGGUGUCAGUUUAUAUGCAUCACGUUGUAGAAGUAGUUGGGUAGUCAGUCUGGUGUCAGUUUAUAUGCAUCACGUUGUAGAAGUAGUUGGGUAGUCAGCCUGGUGUCAGUUUAUAUGCAUCACGUUGUAGAAGUAGUUGGGUAGUCAGCCUGGUGUCAGUUUAUAUGCAUCAUAUUGUGAUGCAUCACAUAUUUUUUCAAAAUAUGAUGCAUAGCAAUGCUAUCAUGUUUGGGUAGUAGCCUAUGGUUGAAAGAUGACUGAUGGAAUUACUCUUCUAAGCACCUAAACGGUAACCUUGCUUUCUACUCAGAGCUCUAACGUUAUACUUGAAUAUUCAUGUGCUACUUUACUACCAACGUGUUGUUUUGUUUAUUAAUGGCCUUUGACGUCCUGGAAGUCAGUCUUUAGCUGUCCCACAGCCACCAUUAAAAACACAACACAAAUAAGACAGUAGACCUAAAGGACCAUGUAGGGUAAGUCCCAAAUGAUACCCUAUUUCCUAUACAGUAUAGUGCACUAUGUUUGACCAUGGCCUAUGGGGCUCUGGUCAAUAGUAGUGCAUAAUAUAGAGAAUAGGCUGCCAUUUAGAAGUCAGCCGUAAUAUCCAGGUAGUGUAAUAGGUAGCUUCAUCUGCAUAAAACACCACAAUGGUUAUGUUGGACAGCAAAUUACUUUUAUGUGUAUAUUUCAGUGCCUUAAUUUAUUUAUUGUAGAUUUAUAUAGUUGUUUUACAUGCUCUUUGUUGGGUUAUGUUGUUAUGUUGUAAGAUAAAUUGAUUUGUCUUAUGAGAACAGCUGUAUAUCUUAUGACUGUGUAACUGUCAUGCAUUAAAACUUGAUCAUAACACUGACAUAUGGUUAUUCACAUUUUAUCUUGUUUACAUGGUUUCUCUGUAUUAGAUCACUUGGAAUUGUCACGCCCUGACCGUAGAGAGCUUUUUAUGUCUCUAUUUUGGUUUGGUCAGGGUGUGAUUUGGGUGGGCAUUCUAUGUUCAUUUUCUAUGUUUUGUAUUUCUUUUCCCCACCGAUACUUUGUGGGUAGUUAUUUUCUGUUUUGUGUUUCUGCACCUGACAGGACUGUUUCGGUUUUCGUUCAUUCUCUUUGUUAUUUUUGUUAUUAGUGUUCAGUUGUAAUAAAAAGCAUGAACACUUA